GCUCGUUCAGUGCUCCUCCCCCAAGUCCAGUCACUAUUUCUGCUUUGAGAUUCUCCAGGCAAGCAGACACAAGAGCUGUGGAUGAGUCCCAAGCAAGUCAUUCUCUUGCUCAGCCAGUACUGCGGUUCAAUGAUUCCCAGUGGUCUGCUCUUCAAUAUAGCAAUCUACUCACGUUUAUAACACCCCCACUCGAGGAAGUGAAGGCAUCAAACCUACACCCACUUACCUGGAGAACGAGAAAACAGUUUCCUAGAACAGGAUCUAUCGUCAGGAUACUGUAUUAACGGUUUCAGAAUAAACUGAAAAGACCAGCAAUCACAGAGACUGCUCUUUUGACUUAAUAUUAAAAAACUGGAAACAAUACAAACUUGAACUCUCAGGCACUUGGGCAGACACUGAAGUCAUAUAUUAAAGUUAUUUCGGUACCACGCGGCUCAGCUAUUAUCUAGUUUGGUGCUUCAGGUUCCGAUGGGCUCAGACCUGCGAGAUCUUAACGGUUUGCUUCCUCCGGUAUCAUCCCUACCGUCAGGAAAUAGUAACUGUCCAAUGCCUAUGAGCACCCCGCCACAAUGGGGCCCAGUACUUGACUUUCAUCCUGCUGCCUCAUACAGUUCUAUUGCCUCACAUUCCUUCAUAAAGCAGGAGCCGACUUGGGCUCCUACCUCGGAAUCCCUGCACGAUGACCACUGCCUCAGCGCUUUCACUGUACAUUUCUCAGGACAGUUCACUGGUACGGCCGGUGCUUGUCGCUAUGGGCCCUUUGGGGCCCCUCAGCCUAGUCAGGCGUCCCCCAAUCAGGCGACGAGAAUGUUCGGCAGUGGGCCUUAUGUAUCCAGCUGCAUGGAAGGCCAGUCAGCUGUAAAUAGGAACCAAAGUUACAGCGCAAUGUCAUUUGACGGGGCAACUGGUUACGGGCAUACACCAGCUCAUCAUUCAGCUCAGUAUACCAACCACGCAUUCAAACACGAAGACACCAUUUCCCAACAGCAGGUUUUAGAUCAGCAAUAUAGCGUUCCUCCUCCUGUGUACAGCUGCCAUACUCCAACAGACAGUUGCAUGAAUAGUCAGGCUGUUCUCCUGAGAACACCCUAUAACAGCCAUGGCACAACAUAUGAAAAUGAUAACCAUAGUGCAUCAAUGCUGUACAGCUGUGGCACCCAGUAUCGAAUACACACACAUGGAGUGUUCCGAGGACUACAGGAUGUUUGUAGAGUGCCGGGAGUGACACCAGCUAUUGUCAGGACUAGCACAGAGACAAAUGAAAAGCGUCCUUUCAUGUGUGCCUACCCAGGGUGCAACAAGCGAUACUUUAAGUUGUCUCAUUUGCAGAUGCACAGCAGAAAACACACUGGAGAAAAGCCCUACCAGUGUGAUUUUAAAGACUGCGGGCGUAGGUUCUCUCGAUCAGACCAACUCAAGAGACACCAAAGAAGACAUACAGGUGUUAAACCAUUCCAGUGUAAAACAUGUCAGAGAAAAUUUUCUCGCUCUGAUCACCUGAAGACCCACACUAGGACUCAUACAGGUAAAACAAGUGAAAAACCCUUCAGCUGUCGGUGGCCCAACUGUCAGAAAAAGUUUGCGAGAUCUGAUGAACUUGUUCGUCACCAUAACAUGCAUCAGAGAAACAUGUCAAAGCUUCAGCUGACACUAUAAAUGGUCUUUAAAAUACUUCAGAAAAACAACCAUAAGUUGGUGAAGAAGGUCAAACAUUUUCUCUGUCAGAAGUCUAUAGUUUGGCUUUUUCUGGAUGCUGUAACUGGAUUAUAAUGAAGAAUGCAUUCUUCUAACAUUUUAAUAACAAAUGUAAUGACUGUUUUAGGGAGCAUAAUGCCCAGAUUGUUGUUGCAGCUGGAAUGACAAUUCUACAAAUUUUGGUGAAUUUCAAAAAAAAGUAGAUCACUGUCUUUUUUUUUUUUCACAAGCACUUAUAGUUUUCAAACAAAACUGAAAUUAAUAAUUUAAGUGCUUGUUAUUUAUACUUCUUUAAUUUCAAAAGAUUUUAAACAUGGAGUCUGUACUUUUAAGAAGUUACGUGACCAAUCUCCAUGUUCUGAGUGCAAUAAUUGCAAUAUUGAUUAUACUGCAGAAAAUCCUUAUAGAACCAAGACUGUUCAUAUGUUUUGUAUAAUAGUGUAAAAUAGCUUCCUUUAACUGUUUAAAAGUCCCAAGAGAAUAAAUGUUUUCACUGUAUACAUAUCAUAGACAAUAUGUUGUUUUUUUUCAUAUAUGUAUAUUAUUAUCUAGGAGAAUGCUUUUUGAACAUUUGUAACCUGUUAAUUGGAUGUCUUCCACUUAAUUACAUGAAGACAUAUAAUAUGCAUUUGAGACAUGUGUAUAGUAUGUAAAAGAGCUGUCCGUGCUGGCCAUGUGGCUGUCGAGUUGUUAUUGUAACAACAAAUAAAGGGCUGGUCCACACAUUCCAUUAACAGUGUCUCUUAAAGAUACGUAACUUAAACUGUGUAAAAUUGCAACUAUGUAUGGGAAAACAUAAGUGCAAGAAGUGAUAUCAUUUUGUUCUUUUUGUCAAAGUAUUUUCUUCUAUUUGCUUGAAAUUAUUAUGUAUAUAUAUGAUAAAGUAUUGCUAUUAGAAAAGAGAGUAGAAAUGUAUAAAUAUGUUAGGUGCAUCACAAAUCUGGUGUUUUUAUUGUAACAAAAUAUUGAAACACUAAGAAUAUUAUCUGCAUUUUUCACCAAGCUGUCAAUUAAAGCCCAUUAAAACAGAAUCUAGUGAUCAGCAGCUGUUUUGUUUCAUGCUUCAUAGCACAUUUAUAGUGUCCUAAAUUACCUCUUUUGUACACUUAAAAAAG